GGCGCGCUUGUUGAAAACAAACCCGGGCAGACGUUUGUGUUGACAUGUCACCUGCAGACGACCGCUCACUGAACCGACACGCCUCGGUCGUUGAUGAAGCGUUUUAAAACUGUUUUAAAAAUUGUUUUACACAGGGAGCCGCAAUACAUUGAACAUGGAGUUAUCUCCGCUUAUAAAGAAAAUAGGUGGGUCACGUCACACUAACUGCAGUGAGCACAGGUCAUUCUUUGUUGGAGAUAAGAGUUCGAGCAUUAAAGAACAUCAUUUGUAAGCUGGACCACUCCCUGAUUACCGUCUCCGACGUUGUCCAGGAGAAGAUGCUUUUUGUGUAUCUCCUGGAGUGGUUCAAUUUCCCCGAGGUGCCAAUGCAGCAGGAGGUCCUCGAGUUGCUCUCAACGUUGUCACAGCAUCCUAGUGCAGCCCAGAUGCUAAGAGACGUCAGGGCGGUGGACUUCCUCACUCAACUGUCUCCUAAUGUGGAACCCAGACUGCGAGCUGUCAUUGAUGGAACCCUGGACCAGCUGUUCCAGCUACCUGAGCUAGUCCCUCGUCAUAUAAUGGCCUACACGCAUGGACAGCGUUCUACAACUCCAACAGCACCUACAGUUGUUCCACCUGAAGACUAUUUUCCUAAAAUGGGCUAUUUCCACAAGACCAAGCCAAGCCAUACGGAUGUACCAGCUCAGACGAUAGCAGUACGUGAGUCUGUGAGAUGUCUCAAGUUUUCUGUGUUUCCGUGGCUGACUUUGACUAACACAGACAGACACAUACUGUCAUCCAAUGAGAGUUCUCUAAGGAGCAGUAACCCCAACUUGGUGCGGACCACAUGUGAACUUCUGUGUGACGUCAUAAUGCAAGACUUUCCUGCUGAAAUCUUCCUGCAAAGACCGAGUAUUGUACAGAACCUUCUUUCCCUGUUGAGGCUGGGGUCGGGUAAAGGUGAAGCAGGCUACCUCCACUUGCAGGCGCUUUCCUGCCUGCGGCAGCUUUGUGUGGGGCUGAAGAGGAGACUACGCUUUCAUCAAGAUCCAAGUUUCUUCUCUACAAAGCAAGAUCCUGUGUCCCAGAACUCGUCCUUUUCCUACUCACAGGAAGUGCGUGGGACCCAGCGUUCACAGGCCUCAUCUCCCGCGGCAGAGUGCUCUCCUCGGCCCUCUGUGGUGGGACGCACGGGCCAGAGGGCCAGUGGAGAUGGCCAAGAUGGAGAUGCAGCUUCCACCAGUGGCAGCUCGCACAGAGGGGGAGUAUCAGUCCAGGCCCCCGGGCAGACGCCCCAGUCACCUGCAGACGUGGCCCACUUGGAGAUUUCUGACCUGGGUGCAGAAGAUGUCCUGGAGUUGCAGUUACAGCAGCUCACUUUGGCUCAGUUCACUAUUGCCACCAUGGAACAUGCCAUCCCACUGCUUAAAACAGAGGGUUCGCAUGCGCUCCAUCGUGUUCUGGAGCUGCUGUGUGACGCCGUCCUCCUGCUUGGGGACAGUGUUGGUGAGCUGGUCUGGGACGAUCGCAGCCUGGUGGGGAUGGAGCUGAAGGAGAAGCUGCAAGCCUGCAUGGAACUAUUGGGGGAUAUCCUCAGCUACCAUCAGAGCUAUUCAACAGAUAUUACCCACAGCUCUCAGGUUCAUCACAGAAUAGCCUACACAGGCAUUGCUGUAUUCACCAUUAAACUCCUUCAGACCAUCCUCCCUCCUGAGAAGGCUAGUGACAAUCUCCCAGAAAACACAGCAACAGCUAUUUUCCACCUGUGCUUGGACACUUCAUUGGGAAGUUUAUUACCCAGCAUGCAAGAAACAGCGGUGGCCUACUUGGAGCAGGCGAACGCAGACAGCCAUGAUCUCUACAGGAGGGUGAACUGCGCUGCCCUUUGGAUGGAAUCCACUUGUAACUUUCUCAAGGAAGCACAAGCUGAGGGAGAAAAGAACUGGUUGGAGUUGCUGGAGCUGGCAGACCAAGCCAUAGACGGCCUCCCGUUUCACCAGCACUUACCCAUCAUCGAGGAAUGUGUUCACAUCUGCUCUUACCUGUGGAAGUUUGAUCAGCCCAGUCCAUUCCUCCAAACAGAGAGCCAGAAACUUCUCCUCAAGCUGCUGUCCCAUCCGUCACUGCCUGUCAAGAUGGAAACAUACAAACACAUUUUAAACCUGGUCAAGGACUGCCUUGGCAUCCAGAAUGUGUCACGACAGGAAUCGGCAGCCUGCGGUGGAAUCAACUUCCUUACCCACCACAGGGUACUCUAUGAAAUAAGUGCUUUUGGACUGCAGGAUUCUGCAGAGAAGGUGAACGUUGCUGCCAAGGAUAUCCUGCUGUUCCUGCUAAAAGGACGAUUGAUGAUGACAGCAUCAACCUGGGACAGAUUCAAUGAGGCACUUUACCCGGUCAUGCCCAUAUUACAGGGUUAUGCCGGCACUGAAGAAUCACUGGGAAACUGCGUCCUGUUGAUAAGUGACAUGUCGGACGUGGCAAGAGACAACGUGUUUCCAAGCACAGCAAAGCUAAAAGCAGCGCUCCGACUUCUUUUUACCAAACAACCCACUGUGAGAAUAGCAGCAGUGCAACACAUCCUGCCCCACUUAACCAGCGAUGAUGAUGCUAACACAACCAGACCAGGCCUGGAUCAAACGGUGAUCUCCUCGCUCCCCAAUCUCUUCUGCCUCAGAAACCCUUUAGACAUCACACUGGACACCAGCAACAAGUCUGUCCUCAAGGUGGAGUCGGUGGAGAAGCUGUUUUGUAUCCUGUCCUCGGACACUGUUGACAUCUCCCUGAGAAGAUCAGCUGCAGAGCAGCUAUCUGUAGUGCUGCAAGACACGGCAAUGCACCCAGUGCUGAAGAGUCUUGGGAUAACAGACAAAGUAGUUUCUUUCAUUACAGGGAGUGUAAACGGCAAUAAGAGCUUAGAUUGCCUGCUGGAGCCUUGUGUAUGUAUCCUGAGGAAGAUGGUGUAUGCUGAUCCAUCUCUGAGGCACAGUCUGGCACAACGCAACCUCCUGCUCCUCACACUGCUCAGGGCAUCACUGAUAUUAAAGGAGAAUAAGGGCAAUGGAAAUGAGAUCGCUGUCCUGAUGACUUUACUGCUAUUUGACGAAAUUGCCAGUAUUGAAAUAUGGUCAAACACAUCCAAUACAGAUGUGAGCCUCACACCAUUCUCCCUGCCACUCUCAGUAAUACGCAGGUACAACAUCCCAUUCCAGGCGGCGUCGCAUCACGCUGUCAGCCCGUACUGCUGUGUCCUGCCCUCGUCCUCUGACCUCCUGACCCUGGCUCCCGCCCGCCUUGCCCUACAGGUGGCCUGGAACACUGCAUGGCAUUCUGGGAUAGACAACCUCCUUGAAGAGCUACUUGGCGUCUCUACCGAUGUUGCUGAAUUUCAUCCUGACUUGACGCUGUCAGAAGCACAGGUUGUUUUGCUGCAGGCAGUGCAUCUUCCCUCUGCGCUGCAGGGCUGCAUCAAGGCCAUCGUCACGGCAGCAGGACACAGCUCGGUGACCUCUGCCCUCUCCAGGCUGAGCCUCUAUUUACUGAUUGACCAGCUGGCCCUCCCUCACAUCCCCACCCACAGUUGCAGAAACACCCUACACUCCCUCAGCUGGCAGGCAGCAGUGACGAGGUUUCUCCAGGUGCGUCCAGCCAGUGUUGAGGAUGAGAGGUUGCUCGUGGGCAUUGUUGCAUUUCUGAAUGCCUACUUCAAACAGAUGCACACAGAUUAUGCAUCUGACCCAGAAGACAAGGACCUACGCUGGAUACUGGAGCUGCUUCUCAACCAGGAGACUGCAUCCAUUCUUAAUUUGCUCCUUGGUGUGGAGACCCAGGCCUCAACUCAGAGCACAGGGGGACCGGAGGAACUGAAGAACCAUGUCAGCCAGAGGCUGCAGAAAGAACUCACCAGCUUCUUUAACAUCUUGCUGCUCCGACUUACGCAAACCACUGACAGGCUAUGUCUGGCAUUAGCGGGUCCUUUCAAGAGCCAGCUGGCAGUCCGUUUGCUUCAGAGCCUGAGGGUCUCUGACGCCCCCCGUUUCUAUGGCCUUCCCAGCCUGGAGAGAACACUGCAGGGCAUGGUCAGUCUGACAGCCCAGCCUGGCUGGAGCUCCCACAUCACUGACCUGGAGCCCAUCUUCCUCUGCUCCAAGUAUCUCAGUGGGCUAUUAGAGGUGAUCUCAUCAUUUUAUGUAGAGUGGGGAGGCAACUCCAUGUCUUUCAUGGGGAAAGGUGUGACCAAGAAUGCUGUCAUCUGCUUGCUUCACCUGUCCCAUGAGAUGAUAGUCGAGAACAAGGACAAGGACUUCAUAUCCCAGUGGUCUUUGGGGAACGAGGCUGCUGCUGAGGAGGCCGAUGCCUUUCAGCUUGGUUUGGCCUGGCUCGUCCCACUAUGGGUCGACCGCGAUCAAGAGGUGAGGUUUGCCAGUCUGGGUUUAGGUGCAGCUCUGUCCUCAGUGCCCAGCGGGUGCCAGGCCCUGUGUGCCAGCUGUCAGAACAUCAGCGGAGGUCUGUGGGGCACGUUGCUCAACAUCCUCCUGGAUCAGCAGGAGAGCAGCAUGGUUCGCAGAGGGGCUGCAUUUAUCCUGCAGAACUUGAUGGUGAUGCCCAUGCCUGCCAACACAGAGGAGGCCAAGGACUCCCACUGGCAGCACCCGUGUGUCCACGAUGAGGUGUCUGGUGUGUCUCUGGUGGGUCUGCCGGCACUCCAGGCUCUGCUUUACCACUGUCAGUACUUCCAACAUGUGGCUCUCUCUGCCUCCAAAUGUUACCGAGGCAGGUACACUUUCCACCUGCAACCUCGUACUGGCGCUACCAGUGGGCCUCAUCCUCAGGAGAGUGGUUCUCUGAAUUCUGAGAACUCUCUGUGGUUUUGGAGAUGUGACGCACCUGCACCAACUACCGACUCUAGACCCUCCAGCUCCCUCUCCACAUCCAGCACCGUGAUAAGAGGUUCGGGGCCACACACCCCGAAGGGUCCCUCCCCAUUGGGCGGUGCGGAAGAUCCCCCUGCCAGCAGACUGAUGACUCAAGGCCAGAGUGACACAGACGCCAGCGACUCGGUGACCUCCCAAGACUCCCGACGGGGCGAGACCUCGGCCCUGGAACCCGUUGUCAUGGUAACUCCCGACCUCAUGACAGCCCACUGUGGCCUGCUGGCUAACCUGCUGGCCAUCCUGCCAGACUUCACCCUCACUGCCAUCCAACACAACCAGCUCCUCCAAGCGCUGGCCAGUCUGCUGGAUAUUGGGCCUAUUGAGAAAUGUCUGACUGAGCUGAAGACACCUAACAUCCUAUCAGGGGAGAGAGAAGACAUCAAGAUCCAGUUUGCCACCCUACUUCAAUUCCUGUCCAGCUUCUCUAAACUGCUGCGGUCAUGUGUCAUGGUGAGCAAGGAGCUGAUUGGCCAGAUGGACUUCCUGAAACGGCUGUUGACGACUCUGGUGGCAGUACUAAUGUUGGAUACCAAAGGAUUAGAUGAAGGUACCCGGGACGUGGUUUGUGUGUGCUGGGCAGACGUGUUUAUGCUCCUGGCUACUCUGGUGAGGAGGGACAGUUCGGCAGCGUACCCAUCUGUCUCCGCUGCGCUGGGGAGACGCUGGCGGACAUUUACAGGAACAUUAUCAGUGUGUGUGAAUGAGAAGUUCCCAGACCCUCUUCUCCACACAGUGGCUCUGCAGUUUCUCAGUACGAUUUUCACAGUGGAGUUAAAGAGUCUGGGAGUAGAGGUCACAACCUCAGACUCUAAACAUGCUACGGCUUUGUCUGACAUUGUGAAUGGUCCCCCAGCCAGCCAGCUGUGUGAACUGUUACUGCAGAGUUUUGAUAAGAGGACCCUUCAGGACCCUUUGAAGAAGCUGACAGCCAGAGCUCUGAUGGCACUGUUGGCCUGCAGUCCCACAGCCCAAAACCACGCAGCCAAAGCGGGUCUAAUUGACAGCAGUGUUGAGCAAAUGAAGCAGAUUUACUCCCAGCUCCACCUGGAGUCCGUCCAACCCGGAAAGGCUUCCCACCGCAAAAAGGAAGAAGGCUAUUUAAAGGAUGUCAAGCUGACUGUGGAGAUCCUGCAGAAUGCUCUUUACCGCAGCGAUGAAUGCAAAGUGGUGGCCACAGAUACUCGCCUAACACUUGCCCUAUAUGCUCUUUGGCCUUGGCUACUAUUGGAUGACCCCACCAUGGAGGCUGUGCUGGAGCUUCUGUGCGUCUAUACGGCCAACUGCACCACAGCAUGCAGUUGUGUUUGUGGCGGUGGCCCCAGCGUUGCCCCAGGAUCUAAAGGCAGCCCCGGUAACUCUCUGAUGCACUCGGUCAUGAAGCUGGCCUCAGGGGUCGCCCCGGAUAACAGCCCCGUCCAGAAGCUAUCCUUCUGUCUGUUGGCGAACCUCGCCAUGUCCCGCGACUGUAGAUGCCUCCUGCAAAAGAAUAAUUUCCUGCAGGCCUUCUUGUCAGUGCCAAUGCCCAAGGCGGGUGGCGUGAAGGCCACAUCCAUUAGUGGUGGUGGAGGGGGUCUACUGGGCCUGUGGCUGAGGCUGCUGGUCAGUCUCUCAUUCACAGAGGACGGCCAGCAGAGUAUCUUUAGGGUGACCGGAGCCCUGGAACUGCUGGCGGACCUGGCACCACACCGGCAGCACGCACUGCUCACCCUUCACAACCUCUGCUUCUGCCCCGCCAACAAGCCACAUGUCAUUGCCAAUGACAAAGCCGUGAAGGUGUUACUCUGCUGUCUGAACAGCAAAGAGAUGGAAACUCGCUCUAUGGGAGCAUCUGCACUUUGGGCGUUGCUCCAUAACAAUCAGAGGGCAAAGACUACUUUGAAGUGUCCCUCUGUUCGUUUGAGAAUUGAGGAGGCGCGUACCAUCUCUAAGAAGGAUGCAGAGAACAAGCAGGAUCCUCUGAGUACCUACCUCCUGAAGUGCCUUGAAAACCUCUCCCAGCUACUAAAUAACUAAUUGUAUUUAUAUUGUUUUUUUUUUGUAUUAUGUUUUAUAAUUAUCAGAUAUGAAUUGAUUUUGAUAUUAAAGUGCCAUGUGGCAGAUUUGA